AUGUACGGAACAUCGACGGGCCCGCAGACGGGCAUCAAUACUCCUCGAUCCUCGCAAUCUCUCCGACCCCUUUUCCUCUCUCAUGGCUCCCUCGAUUUCUCUUUCCUGGUUCCAACCUCGCUGCAUUUUCACGCAUCCCAGCUGAAGGAUGCAUUCUCUGGAUCCCUUCCUGCGCCUACAGAUGAACUGGCGCAAGAUGACGAGCCUUCAUCUGUCCCAGAACUCGUUGCCAGAUACCUUAACUUCGUCGCACGGCAUGUAGAGGAAGGAGAAGAUGACUCCCAAGGAUCUUAUCUGGAGCUUCUAAAGCUGGUUCUCAACGAAUUCGAACGUGCUUUCAUGCGUGGAAACGACGUCCAUGCAAUUGCUGGCUCACUCCCAGGAAUUGCUGCCAAAAAGCUUUUAGUGGUGGAAGCAUACUAUGCCGCACGCGCCUCCGCUGACAGACCCACAAAACCACAUGAAUCUGCUUUACUUCGAGCUGCUGCUGAAGGCGAUGCUAAGAUAUACAGUGUUUAUGGAGGCCAAGGCAACAUUGAGGAAUAUUUUGACGAGCUUAGAGAGGUAUAUUCAACUUAUCCAUCCUUCGUGGAGGAUUUGAUAUCCUCUUCCGCUGAACUCCUCCAAUCCCUGGCCCGAGACCCAGAUGCAAUUAAGCAAUACUCGAAAGGAAUGGAUAUUUUGCGAUGGCUUCACGAUCGAGACUCCCAGCCGGACAUCGAUUACUUAGUUUCAGCACCUGUCAGCUUUCCGCUGAUUGGUUUGGUGCAGCUGGCUCAUUACAUGGCUACCUGUAAGGCAAUGGGAAAGCAGCCUGGUGAAAUAUUGGAGCGAUUUAGUGGUACUACGGGGCACUCACAGGGUAUCGUCACAGCUGCUGUCAUUACAACAGCCACAUCAUGGGAGUCUUUUGGUAAGGCUGCAAAAAAUGCCUUGACAAUUCUCUUUUGGAUCGGUUUACGCAGCCAACAGGCAUACCCCAGGACUUCCCUCGCCCCAUCUACUCUCCAGGACUCUAUUGAAAAUGGCGAGGGUAUACCUACGCCCAUGCUUUCAAUCCGAGAUUUACCUCGGGCCGCAGUACAAGAACAUAUCGAUGCGACUAACCAGCAUUUGCCAAAAGACCGCCAUAUUGGUAUUUCGCUUGUCAACAGUGCGAGGAAUUUUGUUGUAACAGGCCCUCCAAUUUCUCUUUACGGUCUCAAUUUGCGACUACGUAAAGUGAAAGCCCCCACUGGCCUUGAUCAAAAUCGUGUGCCCUUUACUGAACGAAAAAUCCGCUUUGUGAAUAGGUUUUUACCAAUUACCGUACCAUUCCAUAGCAAAUACCUCACUUCCGCUUUUGACAUAAUUACGGAAGACUUGGAAGAUAUCCAAAUCCCAGCCAAGUCACUUCGUAUCCCAGUGUACAAUACCAAUACAGGUAAAGAUCUGAGGUUGAAUGGUGAUGAAGAUAUUGUUCCAGCCUUGGUUCGCAUGAUCACGAGCGAUCCUGUGAAUUGGGAAAAUGCCACCGUUUUUGAUAACGCUACCCACAUUCUCGACUUUGGUCCCGGAGGUAUUUCCGGCCUUGGAGUAUUAACUAACCGCAACAAAGAUGGUACUGGAGUCCGGGUUAUCAUUGCAGGUUCCAUGGAUGGCACCAACGCUGAAGUCGGCUAUAAAUCGGAGCUCUUCGAUCGAGACGAAGAGCACGCAAUCAAAUACGCUGUUGAUUGGGUCAAGGAGUUCGGACCCCGUUUAGUUAAGACAUCUGUAGGCCAGACGUUUGUCGAUACAAAGAUGAGUCGUCUACUUGGUGUACCGCCUGUCAUGGUCGCUGGUAUGACUCCGUCUACUGUUCCAUGGGACUUUGUUGCAGCUACCAUGAAUGCCGGAUAUCAAAUUGAACUUGCCGGCGGUGGCUAUUACAAUGCGAAAUCUAUGACUGAAGCCUUGCACAAAAUUGAGAAAUCCAUCCCUCCUGGACGUGGUAUCACAGUCAAUUUGAUUUAUGUCAACCCGAGAGCAAUGGGCUGGCAGAUUCCCUUGAUUGCAAAACUUCGAGCUGAUGGAGUUCCUAUCGAGGGUCUUACAAUUGGCGCUGGUGUCCCAUCUAUUGAGGUGGCGAACGAAUAUAUUGAAACCCUUGGCAUUAAGCACAUUGGAUUCAAACCUGGCUCCAUGGAAGCCAUUCAGCAAGUCAUCAAUAUCGCCAAAGCAAACCCGACGUUCCCAGUAUUUUUGCAGUGGACUGGUGGUCGUGGAGGUGGGCAUCAUUCCUUCGAAGAUUUCCACCAACCCAUCCUUCAGAUGUAUAGCCGUAUCCGAAGAUGCGGGAACAUAGUUUUCGUGGCAGGUAGUGGUUUUGGUGGUGCAGAGGAUACUUACCCGUACUUGACUGGUACCUGGUCUAGACAGUUUGGGUACCCCCCUAUGCCUUUUGAUGGAUGCAUGUUCGGCAGUCGUAUGAUGACUGCCAAGGAAGCCCAUACAUCCAAGGCAGCAAAAGAAGCUAUCGCAGCUGCACCAGGUGUUGACGACAGCCAGUGGGAAAAGACAUAUAGCGGUGAAGCAGGUGGUGUCAUUACUGUCCGGUCUGAAAUGGGCGAGCCGAUUCAUAAACUUGCCACUCGUGGUGUUUUAUUCUGGGCCGAAAUGGAUAAGAAGAUCUUUUCCCUUGACAAGGCCAAACGAAUUCCCGAAUUAAAGAAACAGCGCGACUACAUUAUCAAGAAGCUUAAUGACGACUUCCAAAAAGUAUGGUUUGGUCGAAAUUCGUCCGGUCAGACAGUGGACCUUGAGGACAUGACCUAUGCUGAGGUUGUUCAUCGCAUGGUUGAACUCAUGUAUGUCAAACACCAAUCACGGUGGAUCGACGACUCCUUAAAACGUCUUACUGGGGAUUUCAUUCGCCGAGUAGAAGAACGCUUCACAUCAGUUGAAGGCCAAGCAUCACUGCUUCAGUGCUACUCUCAAAUUGAUAAGCCAUACCCUGCCGUCGACGAUAUCCUCAAGGCAUAUCCCGAAGCAUUUUCCCAGUUAAUCAGUGCUCAGGACGUACAACACUUUUUAAUUCUUUGCCAGCGACGUGGCCAGAAGCCGGUUCCAUUUGUACCUUCACUUGAUGAGAAUUUCGAGUUUUGGUUCAAGAAAGAUUCUCUCUGGCAAUCUGAAGACCUGGAAGCCGUCGUUGGCCAAGAUGUUGGCAGAGUUUGUAUUUUGCAAGGGCCAAUGGCUGUCAAAUACUCGAACACUGUUGACGAACCAAUCCAAGACAUCCUUGACGGUAUACAUACGAACCACAUCAAAGGUCUUGUCCGAGAUGUCUACGGCGGUCAAGCAUCGAAUGUUCCUGUUGUGGAGUACUUUGGCGGCCAUCUUCCCCUUGAAGAUGAGGAUGAUCGGGAUAUCGAUGGCCUAACCAUCUCUGAAGAGGCGAAUAAAGUGUCGUACAGACUGUCUUCAUCUCCAUCUGCAAACUUGCCAGAUCUAGAACGCUGGCUUCAUCUUCUCGCUGGAAGAGGAUACUCUUGGAGACACGCCUUUUUUACUACUGAAGUCUUCAUCCAAGGACAUCGCUUCCAAUCCAAUCCUAUGAAACGGCUGCUUGCUCCUACACGUGGAAUGUACAUUGAAGUGGCUAAUCCUAAUGAGCCACAGAAGACUAUAAUCAGUGUCAGAGAGCCUUCUCAGUCUGGUAAAUUAGUGAAGACCGUUGAAAUACGGAUGGUCGGCCCUAAAAAGCUCGCUUUAACGCUUUUUGAGGGAAGAACAGCUGAAGGUGGCGUGAUUCCACUUCCAUUCCAAUUCACAUAUCACCCAGAAACUGGUUAUGCUCCUAUUAGGGAAGUAAUGGAGGGGCGAAAUGAUCGCAUCAAGGAGUUCUAUUAUCGCCUUUGGUUCGGCGAAAAAUCUGUGCCGUUUGAUGCCCCUGCCACGAGCAUAUUCGAUGGAGGAGUAACAACAGUUGUAUCUAAGGAUAUUGCUGAUUUUGUUCAUGCCGUUGGAAACACUGGCGAAGCUUUCGUUGAUCGCCCAGGGAAAGAGGUCUUCGCCCCCAUGGACUUCGCAAUUGUGGUUGGAUGGAAAGCCAUCACGAAACCUAUCUUCCCUCGUGUCAUAGAUGGAGAUCUUUUGAGACUUGUUCAUCAAUCAAAUGGCUUCCGAAUGGUACCAGGAGCAGAGCCUCUUAAAGUUGGUGAUGUUCUCGAGACGACUGCCCAGAUCAAUGCUAUUAUCAACCAGGACUCUGGGAAAAUGGUUGAGGUUUGCGGUACUAUUAAGCGCGAUGGUCAGCCUGUCAUGCAUGUUACCAGCCAGUUCCUCUACAGAGGCACAUACACCGACUAUGAAACAACCUUCCAGCGCAAAGAAGAGAUGCCUAUGCAAGUACACCUAGCGUCAACGAAGGAUGCAGCUGUUCUUCAAUCUAAGGAGUGGUUCCGCCUCGAUGACCCCGAUGUUGAACUACUUGGUCAGACUUUGACUUUCCGCCUCCAGAGUGUUGUCCGCUUCGAAAAGAAGAAUAUUUUCCGAAGUGUCCAAACAAUGGGACAGGUGCUUUUGGAACUUCCGUCGAAAGAAGUCAUCCAAAUUGCCUCGGUCGAAUACGAAGCUGGCACCUCCCAUGGUAAUCCCGUUAUUGACUACUUACAACGCCAUGGCCAGGUUAUUGAGCAACCGGUUCACUUUGAGAACCCAAUCCCCCUCAGUGGUAAAACGCCACUCAUUCUCAAGGCACCUGCAUCCAAUGAAACCUAUGCCCGAGUUUCUGGAGACUACAAUCCUAUUCACGUUUCUAGAGUGUUUUCGAGCUAUGCGAACUUGCCUGGAACAAUCACCCACGGCAUGUAUACUAGUGCUGCCGUUCGUAGCUUGGUGGAAACUUGGGCUGCCGAAAAUAACAUUGGCCGUGUCCGAAGCUUUCAUGCUUCUUUAGUCGGAAUGGUUCUUCCUAAUGAUGAGCUCGUUGUCAAACUCCAGCACGUUGGCAUGGUUGCUGGACGAAAGAUUAUCAAGGUUGAGACGAGCAACCAGUCAACAGAAGAGAAAGUGUUACUUGGUGAAGCUGAAGUUGAGCAACCGGUUUCUGCUUACGUGUUCACUGGUCAAGGCUCCCAAGAACAAGGGAUGGGCAUGGAUCUUUACAAUUCCAGUGCUGUAGCGAAGGAGGUCUGGGAUCGUGCGGAUAAACAUUUCUUGGAGAAUUACGGAUUCUCUAUUAUCAACAUUGUCAAGAACAACCCACGCGAACUGACUAUCCAUUUCGGUGGCCCACGAGGGAAAAAGAUUCGCCAAAACUAUAUGUCCAUGACAUUCGAAUCUGUUAACUCUGACGGCACUAUAAAAUCAGAAAGAAUAUUCAAAGAGGUGAGCGAACAAUCGACAUCGUAUACCUACAGAUCUCCGUCCGGCCUACUUUCCGCUACGCAAUUCACCCAGCCUGCUCUGACGCUUAUGGAAAAAGCAAGCUUUGAAGACAUGAGAUCCAAAGGCUUAGUUCAGCGUGAUAGUUCAUUCGCUGGGCAUUCGCUUGGAGAAUAUUCUGCCCUUGCAGCCCUCGCAGAUGUUAUGCCUAUUGAAAGUCUCGUAUCUGUUGUAUUCUAUCGUGGGCUUACCAUGCAAGUGGCUGUUGAGCGUGAUGAGCAAGGCCGAUCGAAUUAUUCGAUGUGCGCCGUCAAUCCCAGCCGUAUCUCGCGGACUUUCAACGAACAAGCCCUCCAGUAUGUGGUCGAGAAUAUUUCCGAGGAGUGCGAUUGGUUACUGGAAAUUGUCAACUACAAUGUUGCCAAUAUGCAAUAUGUUUGUGCUGGAGACUUGCGAGCUCUUGACUGCCUUACCAAUGUCCUCAAUGUACUAAAGGCUCAGAAAAUCGAUAUCCAAGCUUUGAUGAAGACCAUGUCGUUGGAAGACGUAAAAGCUCAUCUUGUUGAGAUCAUUAAGGUGUGCAAAAAGCAAACUGAAGCGAAGCCGACGCCUCUUACCCUUGAGCGUGGUUUCGCUACAAUUCCUCUCAAGGGCAUCGAUGUCCCAUUCCACAGUACAUUCCUGAGGUCAGGUGUGAAGCCUUUCAGAUCAUUCUUGCUCAAAAAAAUCAACAAGUCCACCAUCGAUCCCAGCAAGCUGAUUGGCAAGUACAUUCCAAAUGUCACCGCACAGCCUUUCCAGAUCACCAAAGAAUACUUCGAAGAAGUAUACCGGCUGACCAACUCACCUCGCAUCGGGCAUGUGCUAGCAAAUUGGGAAAAAUAUGAGGAUCCUCUAGACGCGAAAAACUAA